UCUGCAUCUGUAUCCUUAUUCCUUUGGCUUGUGGUUUAAAAAAUAAAUCACGUCCUCAAGGAUUUGUUUUUCAAGAAAAUAUUCACAUGCAAACAAACGCAAGAAUGGAUAACAUAGAACAUGAGACGCCACAAAAGCUUAAAGGUCAUAGAUUCCUAGCAAAUUAUCCGCAAAGUUGGAAUCCUCAAACGCCGGAAGAAUGUAAGGUGACGCCAAAAAAUAAAGUAAGAAAAUCCAUAAACCCACGAUCACCUAAGCCAGUGGGCCAAAGCUUAAGUUAUACAAUGAACACAUGCACCAUGAUGUCCAAUAGUGGUGGUGGUAAUAGCCUGCAUUCGGUGUCCAUGGCGGUAAUACAAACACCACCGGCGAAACGCCAUCAGAAGGUUAAGAAUCCUUUUGAGGCAGCCUUGGCUGAUAGGUUGCAUAUGCCCUUAAUAGCAAGUCCCUCGUUGUUUCAACGUCCGGUAACACCGCAAAUGAGUUCCACUCAAUGCGAGUGGACCAUAGAUGAAGUCUCCAGCAUGAUGCCCGCCAAUGUGGAGGCACAUGAGACACAAUUCAAUGACUCUCCGGAUCCCGAAUUGGAGGCUAAGGCCCAAUUGGCCAUAAGUUCCUAUUUCAAAGAAAACCAAAUUGUACCCAGUCCAGUGGAUUGUCCUUUGAGGGGACAUCGCAUAGUUUUACAGGACAUUAGCGGCAAUACGCCUAUAUCCAAGCCAGGACGUAGAAUACGUGAUUGUGGCUCACAAACAGAACUGACCUUGCCACCCAUAUUACCCGCCGCCUUGGAAGAGGCCCUGAAACCUUACUUGCAGCCCCAGUUGGCUGGAGCCAAUAUCGAAUUGAAGAAAUCCCGCUAUGCUGCCCGCACCUCAGCAUCUAGUUGUAGCCUGGAUGCCAAGGACACCUCUUUAAGGCGUAAACUCUUUGAUAUUCACAACGUCUUGAUUUGGGAAAAUGAACAGCAAAAACAGCAGGCCCCCAAAAAUUCCUCCACCGGAGGGCGUACCACUACCAGCGGUCAAUCGAACUCUAGUCCACUCUCACUGCACUCAUUGCAGCAUACAGCUAUUGUGGGCAAGCUCUCCGACUCUUUAGACAAAAGUUCUUUUGGCUCCCUAUCGCCCAUAUCGGCGGCAGAUGACUUAUCGCCUUUACUGGAGGGCGGUCAAAAUAGUGCCAGCAAACGCAAAUCACGUUUCAAUAAUCUACGCUCCGAAAUUGAGGAAUUUGCCCAACUAUCACCCAUACAUCCGCCUGUAAGAAGGAAGCCCUUGGAGAAAUUACAUCGCUCCCAGGAUAAAGACGAUUUAAGCAAUGAUUUGAUUAGCAAUGGUAGUCAAGAAACCGACAAUGAAAAAUUCACCCCCGAGAGAUCUUCGUCGCCUUUGGCCUCAAUGAUUACCAACAACAUAGCGGAAUUUUCCUCUGAUAGCUUUAAUAUUAAGGUUAGUCGUCUAAAGGUAAAUUCCUCAAAAUGCUCCCUAAGCAAAGAAAGACUGAUUAACAACAAUGCCAUGGUGACAACAACAACAACAACAACAACAAAGGAAACCCUUAAGACAAGCAAUCAACAAUUGCAAGAAUUGGAUGUUUUCAUGGCCCAAGAUGAGACAUGCGAAGAUGUUUCAGAAUUUGCCGAGGAUGUAGAGGACAUGCAAAUAUCUCAGGUUUCAACGCAAAGCUCUAGCUGCAGUUCCUCACAAUCGGAUACACCGCGCAGCAAAAGACGCUCAGCUAGCCGCAAAAAUCUAUCGCAAUCAUUUUCUGCCAAUUGGCUUAAUGACGAAGAGGAGGAUGACGUCGAAGCCCAAAAAUUGGCCUUGGGCCUUUUGAAAAAACCGGUGGCAGUUAUGCCCACAAGUUCUAGCUCUUUUGGAGGCAUGGUACAUCAUGCAACAAAUUUGACUGAAUCUCCUAAAAAGGCUUUGACUUUCUAUCGCACCGAUAGUGGCUUCAACGAAAUGUCACAAAAUUCUUUAGAAUCACAAGAUUGCCACUCGCAGCAGCAGCCGAGGCAAGGGGGAGAGAUUUUGCAACCUCUACCUAUGGUGGUGCAUUGUUCUUCAACACCCUCCACCAAGGAUAAGUUUGAUUACAUGAUUUGACUGUUUAUUUGAAGUUUUCGAAAUUAUUAAUUUUUUUUUUUUCAAAUUAGUUUGUUAGGUCUUGUUAAUUUUUAGCUAGAAAAGAUUGAUUGUUUAUUUGUAUUGUUUUUUUUUUAUAAUUAUUUAAUUUUUUUAAAAAUUUUAUAAAUUUUUAUGUGAGGAGAAAACUAUGUAGAGUAGAUUUUUUUUUUUUUAAGCACUAGUUGUGUAUAAAAAAAACAAUAUUUUUAUGUUUGCAAUAUUUAAAUGAAAGGAAAAGGCCUUAUGCUAAAACCAUAGUCAAUAUAUAAACAAUAUUUUUUUUUUUUUCAAAAUUAAUCUCAACUAAAUAAUGAUGGUUGUUGCUAGUUUAUAUAGACUGAAACUUGGAUAAGAUUAAGAAAGACUACUUUAGAAUAAGAAAACUAGUUUAGAUUCCAAUACCAAUUUUAGAUUAUUUUUUCAGUUUCUGGAAAAUAACAAAAAUAUCAUGAAAAGGAAAAAAGACAUGAAGAAGAUCCUAUGAGUGGAGUAGUACUUGGACCCUUGAAAGUCCUCAGACUUAAGGGGGGAAAUGUCUAAAAAGCAAAUAUUCAAACUUUACUGUAAAUUUUUCAAUAUUUUGUGCCAAUUGCCUGUAGGUUAAUCAAAGAAAAAGUCUUAUCAUUUCCUUAUAUUUCUGCCUCGUUUGGCCUUUUACUCCUUACUAUGCCAAGAGAUAAAGUUGUGUGUAUAUCAAAAAAUGUUGUUUUUGGCUCCUUUAAAUACAUUUGGACAUGGCAACCGGCUGUAUGUGCCGGAUUGACCCGAUGGAGUUCUCCAUCGGCAAGGGCUGCGGCCCCAGUGUACAACACAUUGCUACGACAACAACAAUUGGACAUAGUUUCCUCGUAUAAGUCAACAAAAAAAAAUGUAUGAAAAAUCUUUUUUAAAAAAUAAAUUGAAAUA